CCGACGUUCGCAGUGUGUCUCGUGUUUUCGUGCCGUGAACAACGUAAGAGUUGUUCGCAUUUAAAAAUAAACUUGGCAAAAAUAAGAAGAAAGCGAGAAGCAUUAAAUACACACGCGUAUAAAUAAACACGAAAUAGUUCAUUAAUUGUGCACAAAUUUGCGAAAACAACUCAAUUCAAUGACGGUCACCGAGGAGUCGCCACCUCCGACCAUCAGCCAAAUGGAGGUGGUCGCCCAAUCAAAUGGCGCCGAUCCGGAGGACAUAACACUCGAUGCUAUACUGACGCACAUUGGACAGUUCGGUCGCUUUCAGUUGUUCAUCUUCCUGCUGAUCUGCUUGCCAAUGAUGUUCCAUGCCAUGUUCUCCGUGACUUACGUCUUCACGGCUGGAACUGUGAUGCACAGAUGUAACAUUACAGAGUGCGAUGGGCCGAGCAGCCGAUAUGAGGAGCCCUGGACAGAGUUCAGCAUACCAAAGAAUGGCAAGGAUAUGGACAAGUGCCGUCGCUAUGAGAACACAGAGCUCUCCACCUGGAAUCAAACUUCGAAUAUUUGCCUAGCCGAUAAGUACAACAAGGAUAACGCCGAGCGCUGUGCUAACAACGAUUUCCUUUUCCGCGAUCAAGAAUUCACUAUUUCCAAUGACUUUGGCAUUUACUGCGAUGAUGAGUGGAAGUUGUCACUGGUCGGCACCAUCAACAAUCUGGGACAGUUCUUUGGCAUACCCCUGGGGGGCUUUGUGGCUGAUCGCUAUGGACGCAGCUUCUCGAUUGCAUUGGGCGGCAUUUUGGGCGCCGUGCUGGGCAUUGUGCGUUCGUAUUCGCCCAACUAUAUUUGGUUUCUGAUCUUUGAGUUCUUGGACAAUCUGACCAGCAGCACCCUCUACUCCACGUGCUUUGUCAUUGGCAUUGAGCUGGUGGGUCCGAAACGUCGGGUGCUCGCCUGCAGCGUUAUAACCAUAUUCUAUGCCGUCGGCGAAGUGGCUUUGGCCAUGUUUGCCAAGUCCUUUCAAAACUGGCGCGAUUUGCUGCGCAUCACCUAUGGGCCAUCGUUGAUACUGUUGGCCUACUUCUGGAUACUGCCCGAGAGCGUUCGCUGGCUGCUCAGCGUCGGCAAGGAGGAGCGUGCCCGCGGCAUACUGCGUCGGGCAGCCAAAGUGAACAAACGCAAGUUGUCGGAGAGUGCGCUGGACAAGCUGGUCAUAGCCAAUCGAGACAAGCUGCAGCAGUCGGAGGAGAGUAAAUUUCCCAUUCGCGAGGCUUUCAGCAACUUUAAAUGGCGCAUAGCCAACUGUUCCCUGUGCUGGAUCGUCCAUGUGCUGGUCUACUAUGGACUGAGCUUGAAUGUUGUGCUCCUGGAUGGCGACAAGUACAACAACUUCGCUUAUAUUGCGCUUGUCGAGAUUCCCGGCUUCUUUAUGCCGUUGCUCAUCAUGGAUCGCUUUGGCAGACGCUACUCGUUGUGUGGCCUCAUGCUGUUGAGUGGCCUCUGCUGCAUUGGCACCAUCUUCGCUGGGGGUGAACAGCAAACGUUGCAGCUGGUGCUCUUCCUGGUGGGCAAGCUGACCAUCACUGCCAGCUUCCAGGUGCUCUAUUUCUUUGCCUCGGAGAUCUUUCCCACCAGCCUGAGGAACAGCCUGCUCAGCUUUUGCUCCAUGAUGGGCAGAUUUGGCUCUAUGCUGGCGCCGCAGACGCCGCUGCUGGCCAAGUAUUAUGCAAGCGCUCCCGCCAUUCUCUUUGCUUGCGCUGCCAUCUUCAGCGGCUGCCUCACUCUCUUCUUCCCCGAGACCACAAACCUCGUGCUGCCCACCACGGUCAAGGAGGCGCAUGCCAUAGGUGUCAAGAAGCCACCAAAGGAUCAGAAUAUCAACCUACCCGCAUAAUAGCCUUACUACAAUAAGCUCCUUUUAGCUGUAAGACAACCACGAGACAGUUCAAAGACACAACUUUGCAUUAUAUAUCAUUUAUACUUAUUCCCAUAU